AUGGAGAGUUAUAACACUGGAAAUGGAUCUAGCAAUGAAACUUUUCCAAGUUCACUGGCAGACGCGGUCCAAGGAGAAGCAGCGACCUUCAAGAUCGCAAAGAUCUUCUUUUACUUUCUUAUCCUGUCCGCGAGCACUUUUGGCAAUAGCAUGGUUGCCCAUGUUAUAAGCACCACAAGAAAAAUGCAUUCUCCCUCCAACUUUCUGAUACUCAACUUGGCCAUUUGUGAUCUUUUAACGCCGAUUAUCAGUAUUGUGUUUGAUUUCGUUUUGGAGGAAAAAAGCUAUGUGUGGAUCUACGGCGGGGUGAUGUGCAAACUGUUAUGGCCGGCGCAGACUUACUUUACCUGUGCCUCUUCACUGACACUCGCCGCGAUUUCUUUGGAUCGUUAUCGACUUAUUAUGCAUCCUUUUAAGACGCGUUUGUCGCUGAAGCAGAUCUGCAUUUUAAUUUGCGGAGUCCACGUUUUCUCUCUAGCGGCUGUGGGUCCUUACGUUUAUGUUCUUAACCUCAAAGAUGGCUCUUGCGACGAAAACUGGCCAGACUUUGCUUACAGACAAGCUUACACGUUUUUCUUAUUCCUCGUUCAGUAUGGUCUGCCGCUGUGUUUUAUGGCGACGAUGUAUGGUUUAGCUGUCCGCGCGCUUUGCCGCACUUCGGCGAAAAUGCGUGAUAAUUCUAUAACCGAAAAAGUUUCGGUAAGACGUCAGAGUGUAGAAACGCAAGUCAAACUAACGCGCAAGAUUUCCCGAACUCAAUCUGUAAAGAGAAAGAUAAGCAUGUUGAGCGCGCGAAUCGACAUCUGGAGUACCGCGAAUGCAAAAGCCACAAAAAUGUUUAUUGUGGUAGUAGUGGUUUUCGCCAUUUUUAUGUUCCCAAAUCAAGUGGUAUGGUUAUGGGCAGACUUUGGCGGUGGGAUAAACAGUCCAAAUUUUACAAACAUUUCCAUCAUUUGCUGGCUAUUCACCUACACCAACUCUGUUGUUAAUCCGAUUAUUUUUGGAGUUUUCAGCAAAGAUUUUCGCCAAGGUUUCAGGAGAGUUUUUUAUCGCUUUGUUCGCUGUGGUUGUAAAUCAUCACCAGAAAGGAGUGGAGAAAAGGAAAGAUUACAGACAGUGUCGGAAUCUUAACUUUCCCACGUCUGUCUCCCACAAUAUAUAAAAAAAUCUACAUUUUAUUAUCCAGCCGGACUUCUGGCUCUCAGCUCUUAGAUCCGGUUAAAUUUAAGGCGUAGGCCAGAUGUGGUGUGCUACGUAGUGGUUAUAGAGUCAAUUCCAGUGAAAAAGAACACGUAUUUACUACACUGGGCUUCAUUCCGAAUGCUCUUUUUCCUGUUCAUUAGUAAAAGGAAUUUGUAUUUUAUUUCUUGUUUUGACUUGGUCAUUAAUGAGAUCGAUAAGCUUAAUUGCUGGAGGUGUAUCGCCGACCGCGUUAGAGUAAAACUGACAACGUAGCUACUUCUGUGUCUGUUUCUGUUCGUGUCUGUCAAUGAACACCCGCGCUAACUGCAAGAGAUGGGAGAGAGAGUUAAUCCUGUCAACACUAAAAGGCUUUGACAACCAUGACUUCAAUAAUCAGACGAAUGGAAACAGUUGCAAGUGUGGAGGCAUUGACGCCUUAGGGUAGAUUUCAUGACGUGUCGCGUACCUGUGGUUAUUCCAGUCUUGGUUUAAAACUGACUAAAAAUGAAAGACAAAGAAACAGGUAGUUCUUCGCCAGUUCUUAGGAAAAUAAGAGUCAGGUAAAAUCUGUUCUGGGUUGUUAUCAGCUCGCAUCUUCUCCUUCCCUUUUCCUUACACUUCCUUUUGUACUUGUAUGGAGAAUUUGUUAAAGAACCAACACAUGUUUUGAUCAAAGCUUCAUUUCUUACGAUCGUUAUGAUAAAUGAGGGGAAAUGUAGUAUAGGAAGACUUAAGAUGCGGGUCGAAAGGGCACACUUUGAAAUCAGC